GCGUCAGCCGACCAGCAUGGCCCAGCCGGGUAUCCACGACGUGCCUGGCCUGGGAGGCUACUCGCGCUUUGAGCUCGAACUCGAGUUUGUGCAGUGCCUUGCCAAUCCCGUCUACCUCAACUUUCUCGCCCAGCAAAAGACGCUCGACAGGCCCGACUUUGUCGCCUACCUGGCCUACCUGCAGUACUUCCAGCAGCCCCAGUAUGCCAGAUUCCUCCACCACCCUGGCCCGACGCUCCGUGCACUGCAACUGCUGCAGCAGGAGCGUUUUCGCCAGGACAUUCUGGCGCCGGGCCUGGUGGACCGCCUGGUCAUCCAAGGUCAGCGCAAUGCCGUGCCCGCUAACAAGGACUGAGCUGGGCUGGCGUGCGAGCGCGUGAGCGAGUGCGCGAGUGCGCGAGUGCCAGUGUGAGCCCACGUGGGCAGGGGGCGACGACGACGACGACGACGACGAGGGCAAGGCCGAGAGCGAGAGCGAGCCAGCGCCAAGCCGUCGUCGAUGAUCACGAGACCACGCCGCCACCGCCGCCUGUGGCUUAGUCACGGCCAAGUGCCCCCGGCGCCAGCCUGCACUCGACUAGCCACCAUGACCAGGCAUAUUGGCAGAGCUGAAAAUAGUAAAUAGAGCCAGCCAUGCCCACAACCAGGUACCCUACUGCUACUGCUACUGCUACUGCUACUGCUACUGCUACUGCUACUGCUACUGCUACUGCUACUGCUACUACCACUACCGC